AUGGCCUGGGCUCCGGCUCCAAGCAAUGGCAGCCCACCGUCGCAGGUGCGAGGAGCUGAGCUCGAAGGCAGGCAGGGGCCGAAGCGCAACGUUGUCCCUGCGAUGUCCUCUCGCACUUCUGCCUCCUCUCGCUCCGGUGGAGUGAGGCCCGGCUCACCCAAGAAUGCGGGUUCCUCGAGCGCUGGCUUGGACCAUAAGAGCAUCGUGGCGAUGAGCCAGAUCUGCACAGAGGACCUCGAUGCUAAGAUGCGGGAGAAGAGUUCGCUGACAAAGCAGUUGGCAGAGCUGAAGCGGAGCAAACUCCAGUACGAAACGAAGCUCCAGAAGAAAAAGAAAGAUGAUGACAGCGCUGUCGUGCAAACCAUCGACCUGGAAAAGAAGCUGCAAACCAUCAACAACAGCAACCGAGUGGCCACGGCCGAGCUGUCAGGGCUGGGGUCCGAGAACGAGCGGCUGCGCCAAGACAUCGAUGCCUUGAGAUCGCAGCUGGGGCUUCCAUUGUAUGCCAGUGGCUCAUUCCAGGUUGCAGUGGAGCUAUGUCAAGAGGACAUCAUGAGCGGCUUAAUGGAAUACAAUGGCUCGACCAUUGUCGCCAUGGCAGGCGAUAAGUGUGUAGGCAUCGCCUCGGACUCGCGCUACGGAAUUCGACAGCUGCAGACGGUGAGCUGCAACAGGCAGAAGUGCUUCCAGGUGACCGACCAAUGCUAUGUUGGACUUGCAGGAUUAGCAACAGACGUGCAGACCAUGAGCCAGCUGUUAAACUUCCGUAUGAAGUUGUUCAGUCUGCGGGAGGAGCGCGUCAUGCAGCCGAAGAUGAUCGGCAACAUGCUGGCGUCCAUGCUGUAUGAGAAGCGUUUUGGGCCGUGGUUCACAGAGCCAGUCGUCGCCGGGUUGGAUAAAGAUCACAAUCCGUUUCUUUGUGGAUUCGACUUCAUCGGAUGCCUGUCUACCGCAGAGGACUUCGUAGUGUCCGGCACGACUUCAGAUCAGCUCUUUGGUGUCUGUGAAUCCUUCUGGCGCCCUGGCAUGAACAAGGAUGAGCUCUUCGAGACUCUCUCCCAGUGCCUGCUGUCGGGUGUGGACCGAGACUGCUUGGCGGGUUGGGGUGGCGUCGUCCACAUCAUCACACCCGACGAGAUCAUCACGAAGAAGCUCAAAGGACGUAUGGAUUAG